AUGAAUUACAAUUUGGUUCUAGUGUUGUGCCUUCAUGUUACUUCAAUACACAGUGUACCAAUGAGGAUGCAGCUUAUGCCACUGCAAUACGGGAUGCAGCAACAAAACCCGCUGUUACAGAUACAAAACCCGUUUUUUAGACAGGCGGCAAAUAAUUUUCAACCUCCAUUUAUGUAUCCUCAACAACCAAUAAUACUUCUCCUACCAAACUUAGCUCCGAACGCAGAAAUUGAUGAUAGAUAUACCAAGCUAAAUGAAGAAGAAAACAGAAAUAAACUGAAAGCCAAUACAGGGCAUAUAGACGAAAAGAAAGAUGCAGUGAUACUGGAUGCUGAUUACAAUUCAGAAGAAACUGAUUCUAAACAAGCAAUGAUGUUUAUGCCGAAUGAUCCAAGAUUCUCAAUCGGCUCCAUCAUCUCUCUCAUACCCUUCCUGCCUAUAGAGAUAAACGUACCUGAUACUAUUAACUGGAUUUCUACUCUGUUACCUGGAUGGUUCGGUAGACCGGGCCAAAAGCCUGAAAACUCUAUGAGAUUGUCAAGUAAAGGCCCUUUACCAAUUUUAGUUUUACCUGCACCAAUGAUGACACAGAUUUAA